AGCCAGCGGACGGCGUGGGCCGGCACGGGGGAUGUCGCCUCUGCUGAGCCGGGGCUAUCUGCGCGCGGUGCUGGUCCGGGCCCGCGACGCCCGGCUCUUGGUCCCGCACCGCAGGACCACGGGCGGCCCGGGUUGCGCGCGGAAUCCGCCCACCGGAGCCGGCUUGCUGCGGGGCGAGCUGGACAGAUUCGGGGGCGUCUCGGUGCGGCUAGGCGCGUUGGACUGCCUGGACGCGGCUGCCUUCCAGAGGGCCCUGCAGGCGUCCGUGCAGCAGUGGCGCUCGGAAGGCAGGGUUGCGGCCUGGCUGCACGUGCCCAUCCUGCAGAGCGCGCUCAUCGCCCCCGCCGCCGCGCUGGGCUUCCGCUUCCACCACGCGGAGGGGGACUCGGCCACGCUGACCCUGUGGCUGGGACAGGGGCCCAGCCGGCUCCCAGGCUACGCGACACACCAGGUGGGAGUUGCAGGAGCUGUGUUUGAUGAAAAUACUGGAAAAAUACUGGUUGUCCAAGAUCGAAAUAAAUCCCAGAACCUGUGGAAGCUGCCGGGAGGCCUGUCGGAGCCCGGGGAGGACCUCGGGGACACGGCAGUGCGGGAGGUUUUCGAAGAGACAGGCGUGCGGUCGGAGUUCAGGGCCCUGCUGAGCCUGCGGCAGCAGCACCGCCACCCCGGGGCCUUCGGGAAGUCGGACAUGUACCUCGUCUGCCGCCUGCAGCCGCGCUCCUUCGCCAUCCGCCUGUGCCCGCACGAGUGCCUGCGGGGCGCCUGGGUGGACCUGGCCGCCCUGGCCGCCGACGCCGGCGCCACGCCCAUCACCCGCAGGGCCGCGCGGCUGCUGCUGUACGGGCACCGGGAAGGCUUCGACAAGGUGGACCUGCCCGUGGACACGCUCCGGGCCGUGCACACGGGCCUGCUCUACAGGCUCUACCACCGGGAGCUGCCGGGCAGGUACAAAGCCCCGGCCGGGGCCGGAGCCGAGUGAGGUCCCGGGCGCCCGCGUCCGCCCGGGGAGUGCACGGCACGCGGUCCUACUGGGAGGGGCCACCGGGGGCUGACUGGGCGUCUGGCUUUGUGUUCUUGUGGGGAUGACUUCCAUGAAGAAACGCUGUGAGUGUGCACAGUUUAAAAGCCUCUUUUCAAAUGAACCGCGUGUACGGAAAAGAUGGUAGCUCUAGGUAAGCUUCGCUGGACAAAGGCAAUUGCUAUAUAAAAGGUGGAAGUCCGUACGUUUUCCAGGAA